AUGGCUCCCAGCACCUCCUCCAUUGCAGCUCCAAGCACCUCCUCCAUGGCAGCUCCCAGCACUUCCUCCGUGGCAGCUCUCAGCAUCUCCUCCAUUGCAGCUCCCAGCACCUCCUCCAGGGCAGCUCCUGGCACCUCCUCCCAGAGAGCUCCCAGCAGCUCUUCUGCGCAAGGUCGCAGCAGGUCCUUGGGCCGGACUCCUGGCACCAUUCAUGCUCCUGGAGCAUCAACCACAGCUCCUAGUAAGGCUGAAAACAUAAUCCUUAAUACUCCUUACCAAAACUGCAGUAAUGUGGUGCAGUGAAAAGUUUACUUUGGUGCAAUCAUGAUAAUCUCCUCAAUAUUUGCAGCACACUGCAGUUGCUAUAUGUGCAAAAAUGAUGGUUGUUUUUACUUACUGUGCCUCACCAGCUGCCCGCCCAUCUGCAUCUGCCUCUUCUUCCUUCAGUCUGCCCUCAACUUCAUCCUCUGAGGUUGAAAUGGGUCUUGAUGAAGACAUGGUGUGUGAUCAGUGGCGCUCCUGUCAUUAG